AUGAAUAUCUCUCAAUGGCUUGACACUAUAGAGCCUAAAGCUCUUGAUCAAACAGAUCCAAGGCAAUUGCCGGAGACCUUCAAGCGCAAACGCCGACAAAUGCACACGCCGACCACAUCCGAGACCCAAAUGGACGUUGCGCUAGACGUUGCGCCGGACGCAACGCCACCUAUCAAAAGACAACGGCCCAACAACCCCAUCGAUAAUGAUCUAUACAUGAAUCGCACGCCGAGGGCAAGGAGCGGCAAGGCCUGGUCAAUCUCGGAUAAAACAACUAGCAGCCGCUCAUCAGUUACUUCUACAAGCAGAACAUCCCCUACUAAACGCUUAGCGAGACUCGAAGUUGCCCCAGAGAAUCCCGUCCUCGUCGCUCAAAUCAGUAGAAACGACACCCGUAUACCGGCGGAGCUCAAGGCUAUAUUAGGAGAGUUGGACAGUUUUCAGAGUCGGGUUGGGAUCGUACCUAGUUAUCUUGGUACAGAAAUAGACGCACGCGCCGAAUACGACGACAACUUCUACAAUUUUACACCAUCGACUUUUGAAGCCGAUAGUGCUGCCACAAUAUCCGAUCCAAAACUUUCUUUAUACGAGAUAUUGAAGGUGUUCGAAUCGGCCAGGGAGUGUUUGAAUGAGGACCAUGCGGAGGCGACGUGGAAUACUCUCGUUCAUUGGCCUGUCUUCGAACUAGCCCUAGGAUCUAUAGCAGAUGUUGCAGAGGCAGCGAACCCAGUCUCGGCCCCUCGAGAUCAAGCGGAGUGCGAGAGCCGACAACAACCAAUUCGCGUUCGUGGUAUGCCCUGCACGACAGCUAGGCUGAUAGAUCGUACACAUGGCUCCAAGAUGGUAGAUUAUUGUAUAUUCGUCGAACCCCAGGCGCGAGAAGCUACAAAAAUCGCCCAGCUGCGGGAGAGAUUUUUAUAUAUUAAUCACACUGAUUAUUACCCGCUCCGUCGCCGGCCUAUCGUUCUCAGUGCCGAGUCUAAAAAACCCGGCGAGAAUGCUAGGAAUGCGCAAUUGCAGCUUAGCGUUUGGCAAGCCGCACAAUGGGCUAUUCUUGAGAAGAUGCUUUCUGCAGGGGAAGAAACCGAACGACCAGCAGCCGUUCCUUUCCUUCCGGCCCUCAUCAUACAAGGUCACGAGUGGCAUUUCGCCGCCAGCACCAGGUUUAACAACGAAACGAUACUAUGGAUACAGCAACCUAUUGGAGCUACCGAAAGCAUCCUCGGCAUUUUCCAGAUUGUUCGUGCUUUGCGUCAUAUUGCGGCGUGGAUACGUGGGACAUAUUGGCCAUGGUACAGACGUGCAGUUUUACAUUUACAAGAAACGGAUAGAUCAAUAUGA